GCAGUUGAGAGAGCUCUGACGGUAAAGAUUUCAACAGAACCGAAACGACGAAUGAACACACCAUGCACGAACGGCACCGGUGCACUUUAUUUUGAAUUCUGUCCUCGCAUCAAUCUUCGAAGCUCAUCGACAACACAAGAGAGGAAGAGAUAGUCUAGCUAGAAGCAACAUGCCACUGACAGCCUCCCAACGAAACAUUCCAUUGACGAGUCCGGCCCAGAACGAAAAAGUGCCUCUCAUGUCAGGUGGUGGCCAUGGCAGUAUGGGCCUUGACAUGGUGGAGAGCGCAAGGCUCUACGUGUCUGGAAUGGCAUCACGCAUGUGGGGAUCCAUUUCCAUGGAAACAUUACGACCUUUGCCCAUGUUUUUGGGUAUCAGCGGCAACAACUUUUGCAUGUCGGCAGGAGCCUUUACACCUCCCAUCAAGAAAAUGGACAAGGCUACUCCCGAAAAAAUCACCUCCCGUAUCAAACUGAAUAUUUCCUUCUUUCUCACCAACUAUGCUAUGGUGGCCUUUGGUGUCGCUGUGGUAGUGGCAUUGAUGCACCCGGGAAUGCUGCUCAGUCUAGGUUUGGUAUGGCUGUUAUGGUGGGGACACAAUUAUCUCAUUCACAAUGAAGUUGUGCUGUUCAAUCACAAUAUUUCCAUAUUGGUCAGUAUUUCCCAUCGAUUUUAUGUGCUCUUUGUCAUUUCAGUUGUGGUGGUGGUUUGGAAAUGCUUUCGUCCCGCACUUCUGUUUUCUUUCAUUACGGGAUUCAUCAUCAUGGCACAUGCCAUCAUGAGAGAUCCAAAACAUAUCGACAAAUACGGGAGUUCAGGUGCUAUACGACAUGGGGGAUCCUCUGAUAGUGAUGACGAAGAAGGCAACAAUGGCAAUGCUGUCUUGGUGGAUCGCCCACAAUCCGAUGUGUGAGGCAAGCAAACAAACAAGAUACAAUCUACAGGAGUCCUUUCCUAUGUUGCAUGCAGGAUCAUGCUGCCAUGGGUCACAUUUACUUUGGCAGGCACUGUAGCAUCCGCAGGACCAAUAAAACAAUCAACAGUUGCCGGCAUACAUCUGAUCUUUCCCGGAAGUGCCAAGCCUGCUUUUCUUCUAGCUAGUCUUUCGUCGUUUCGUUCUGAACAGCAGAUUGUGGGCUAAUUUUUUGCAAUUGAAUUCCAGCAUUCAGUAGAGUGAUUGUCACAUCGUACCGGUACAAUCUCCAUGAUCGCUAGAUCGCCGUUCAGUUCAGCUGGCCACCGUACUACCGGUAGCUAUUAUUAAUAGGUACUUUGUUCCUCAUGCGUAGACAGCAUUCGCUAACUAUUAAUAGAAGAAUACCGUUGCGGCCUGGGGAACGAAGUAGCUACCAGUUGUACCGUAUGGUACCGUACGGUGGUGCCCGAAAAGGUUUGCAGGUGAAGGCUGCUUUCGAACGUCAUCUUCAGCCACUUCUUGCGGCGAGACGAGGGCGUCAUCAGCGGCAGCUCCUUUCAGCCCUUCAUCAGAGCUCGCUGGCUAUGCAUACUGUAGACGAUUUGGUCUAGCUAGUGCUGCCACAUAGUUUGUGUUAUUCUUGAAAACAAACGGGGGUUUAGAGUGGGUAGAUUUCUACGGAAGCCAGCUGGUUUUAAAAGCAAAGCAAAGAACAUUGAAAAUGUUUGGUUUUUGUCUUAAUCAUCGG